AUGUCUGGCUCCCGCGACUCCUGCGACAGCGACGCCUUCAUCCUCGACGAUUUCGACUACCUCGGUGACGGCGACGGCGACGGCGAGCGCGCGCGCGGCGGCUACCAACGAACCAACCGGUCACGAUACAGCUACAGCUACAGCUACAGCUACCUGUUGGAUCGCUCGACGGCCUGGUCGUCUCGAAUAUUGCGGCUGCUGCCCCCGCGAUGGCGCCGGAAGUUUGCCGCCAGGCGACACAGCAAGCCGGCCUCCCGGCUGUCACCGUCAGGCACAUAUAGGAGGACCCUGCGAUGGCUGGUGACGGCCAGCCUCUGUCUGACAGCUGCGGUGGCACUCCUCUGGCCUUCCUACACCCACCGGCCGGCACACUAUAACGAGCUGAAGCGUCUUGCAGCCGGCAGUGAGACCCCCGGGCGAGGGAACCCGCGCAACGAAAAGGUCUUCAUCACCGCCAACAUAUAUGACCCAGACGGCAGCCUAGCACAGAGCCAAUGGAGCAGGAGUAUCCUGCAGCUGAUAGACCUCCUGGGACCGGAGAAUUCGUAUCUCAGCAUCUAUGAGAACGACAUGAACGAACAGGCACGGGGUGCGUUGCAGAGGAUGGCAGACGAGACUCCGUGUAACCACUCCAUGGUCACAGAGGAGCAUCUCGACACGGCUGGGCUGCUACACAUCACCCUGCCUGACGGGUCCAGGAGACUGAAGCGCAUCUCCUUCCUGGCUGAAGUACGCAAUCGUGCUCUGCGGCCAAUCAAUCAGGCUGGCAUGCCGAGGUUUGACAAGAUCCUCUACGUGAACGACGUCUUCUUCGAUCCCGUCGAUGCCCUCCAGCUGCUCCUUUCGACAAAUCUGGCCGAGGACGGUGGUGCCACCCGCUACCGGGCUGCCUGUGCAGUCGACUUUAUCAACCCGUUCAAAUUCUACGAUACUUUUGCCUCGCGGGACCUGGAAGGAUACUCUAUGGGAUUGCCGUUCUUCCCUUGGUUCACCACUGCGGGAUACGGGCAGAGCAGACGAGACGUCCUCAGCCAAAGCGAUGCUGUCCGUGUUCGCAGCUGCUGGGGAGGCAUGGUUGCAUUUGAUGCAAAAUAUUUCCAGCACCAGCACCAGCAACAUAACACAACUCGAUUCCGUGCUGAACCAGACCUCCUCUGGGAAGCAUCCGAGUGUUGUCUUGUACAUGCUGAUAUCCAGGACCCGCCCUCCACUGGCGGAGAGCCCUCUGCUGAUACAGGGAUAUACGUGAAUCCCUAUAUCCGCGUUGCCUACUCCCCCUUUACCCUCUCCUGGCUAGGCGUUACCCGGCGGUUCGAGCGGCUCUUCUCGCUGCCGCAUGACAUCAUCAACCGCCUGGUAGGUAUGCCAUGGCACAACCCUCGCCGGACCGAGAAACCAGGCGAUCUCAUCGAAGAGCGCGCCUGGGUAGAAAAUGAAAGGGGGGAAGGCUCCUAUCAGACCAUCACCCGCGCUGCCGGCACGGGAGGCUUCUGCGGUAACCGAGCUCUCCAGGUAAUGAAGCCGCAUCCCCAACCGGGCGAGAAGACGUGGGAACUCAUAUCCCCUGACAUGUUUUGA